AUGAAAUACGUCGAUUUCGACAUCCACAUGACCACAUCCUACUCGAGCAAUAUGAAGGUUCUGGGCUUGAUGCUGCAGUCGGAAGUCGGAAGCCUCAUGGCUAUCCGCAAAUCUCAGCUCUUCUGGUCCUCACGCGUCACCAAUUCAAGUCUAGCUCUCCUUCGCACACUGCACACGGGCAUAUUUCCGUUUACUCCACUGCGUCAUGUACCCAACCUUCAAUCUGUUAUUCGAGAUGGGUCAACUGACGGCUUGCUGUCUGUCAACUACGAGCAAGCCUCAUGUGGAGAUGAGUGCCAUUCCAAGUUCUCGAUCAGGAAUGACGCCGUGACCAACGCGCAGUUAGGAGAGAACAACGAAGGAAUCACGUCCCGGAUAUCAGCCAUCGUAGCCUUGACGGCUACCUCUGUGGUGUCUGCCCAGAGGCCAACAGACACGUCCAUUUGCGACUACUAUACGACAGCUCUUCUGAAAGAAAACACCGCCGCCAAUCAAUUGACGGUUUUGACACUCCUUGUCAACACUGUUGUUAUAGGAAACUACACCACCCCGAACGUCGGCGUUGUGGUUCCUGGUAUCCUCGCUCCUGGAACGUUCGACGGAAAAGAUGUCAACCUCAUGCCAUACUUCGACGGUUCGCUCGCCUCCUCCAACCGUGGCGGGUCCUCAGGGGUAGCCAUCAACAACCUUGACGGUGGCGGAGCGGAGCCUCUCAAGCAGAAUAAGCCCGCAAACUCCAACACUUCAAACCAGUACUUCCUGCUCACGCACUUGUACGCAUUCUUUGGCUCUCUUCUUGGCUGCACGACCUACGGAAUGUCCGGCUUCCCUGCGUACGACGGAUUCCCAUCCCAGUAUCAGGUACACAAGUUCAUGGACCUUGACCACAACGAGGUCUCCUACUUCAUCCAGCAGGUCGGUCUCGCUGCUGCAUCGUUCGGCGUUGCCAAGGACGAUAUCACUGCCGUUGCUGGGUCGCUCGACAAGUUGUUCAACUACAAGUGCCUGCCUCCAGCCACCGCUAUCAAGGCUCAAGGCCCGCAGUUGCAAUCCAUCUGCACUGAAGAGACUUGCCCAUUGGCGGACGGAGCCGUCUGUGACCAGUACGAGCCUGCUGUCGAGCCUAUGAACGCAACGAGCACGGCCUCUCCUUCAGCGGGAGGCUCGAAUGCGACCGCGACCGCGACCGGCGGGGCGGGUACAACGAGUGGUUCAAGUGCAACUGGUGGUGCAGGCAGCACAGGAGCCUCAGGCACAGCUGGUACCACUGCUACAUCAACUCCCGUUCAGGUCGCUGGAGCCAGCAUGGGUGCGACCAUCAACAGCCUUGUUGGAAUCGUUGCUAUUGCCUUUGCAUCGUUGAUGUUGUAG